GCACCCACUUUAUCUAUGAUAACUUUAUUCUGGGGACACCAAAAUCAGAAGGCCUCAUCAGCAGAGAGAAAAUUCUGAAGCUUUCUUUCAGUUGCGCUUACCCCCAAACACAAACACUUUCCAUGAAUGUGGAAAUCAACCCACUGGAGAGCAUUGUGCACAAGAGCCUUCCGGCGGGUGAAGGGAGAUAUCGUGUUCGCAUGAUUCCUUAUCAGCAUGAUGAGUUUACGCUGCCCUUCACUGGUGCAGUGGAUGCAGAGCUCGACCAGGAGAUGCAUGUGGAAGUUCGUGUUGAGGGGGUCGACAGCCGACAGUUUGCCCUGGUGACGGACACGUGUUGGGCUACACCUGUGAAUGAUCCCAAUUAUGAUUUACGCUGGGAUCUCAUUGUUCAAGAGUGCCCCAAUCCAGAUGACGAUACAGUGGAGCUGCUGCAGAACGGCGUCUCAACAUCCAGCCGUUUCUCCUUCAGGAUGUUUAUCUUCACUGCAAACUCCACUAAGCUUUACCUGCACUGUGCUGUUCAUCUUUGCCUUCUGUCAAGCAAUCGCUGCUCAACGGUGAGUUUACAAAACCUCUAGCAAUGUAAUUUACCAAUUAUAUUAGCCGUAUCUAUCUAUCUAUCUAUCUAUCUAUUGUUCGUGGAAUGUGACGGUUAUAAUGGAUGGUUGUAAAUGUAAAGGUUUAAGAUUCUGCCAUUAAAAAAAUCCUGUUGAUCAAACACUAAUCUAAACAUCAUAAGGAAUAUAGCACCCUUAAUGCCCAUAGUGACAAGGUUUAAUGUCAGGGAUGCUACAGUAGUUGU